AUGGCCGGCGUGUUCGUCCUAGUCCUCACGCCCACCAGGGACUCGCACUGCAGAUCGCCCACCACCAGUUCACGGUCCCUCUUCCCCUCCCCACCCUUUCUUCCCUCCUGCACCCCUCCACCUGCCCUCCACUCACCUGUGCAGAAACUAGCCGAGGAUCCCUAUGGGGUCUUCGCGCUCGUCCUCACGCCCACCAGGGAGCUCGCUCUGCAGAUCGCCGACCAGUUCCGCGCUCUGGGGUCGUCGCUGUCUCUGCGCUGCGCUAUUGCUAUCGGCGGGGGUGACAUGGUGGAGCAGGUGAGAAUGAGGGCGCGGGUUUUGGGGGUUGAGUGCUAUGCAGCUAGCAAGUCGGCCGCAUGUGGUGGUGGCAACGCCGGGGCGAUUGAGGGAGAUGCUGCAGCAGGAGGCGAGCAUGGGGCGAGUCUUCAGCAACCUGCAGUGUUGGACGAGGCCGAUCGCCUGUUAGACCGCGGCUUAGAGGAGGAAACAACGGUGAUUCUCUUUCCCCCCCUCUCCGCCCUCCCCCUCAUUUGUGUCUCAUUCCCCACGCCCUCUCUCCCGGCAGUUCCUGGUGUUGGACGAGGCCGAUCGCCUUUCUUAGUCCUGGACGAGGCCGAUCGCCUGCUAGACCGUGGCUUUGAGGAGGAAAUUGGUGCGAUUCUGGCGAGGAUGCCGAAAGAGAGGCAGACGCUGCUCUUCUCAGCUACUUUCACUGCCAACCUGCACGCACUCAAGGCUAUGAGCAAAACAAAGAAGCUGUUCCACUUUGAGGCCUACGAGGGCUUUAAGACGGUCGAAGCUCUGGAUCAAUCCUACCUCUUCCUGCCUGCCAACGUGCGGGACGUCUACCUCUGCCGCCUCCUCUCCCGCCUCCUCCCCUCCCUCCAAACCAUCCUCCCCCCCGCGCCGCCCCCCUCCUCAUCUGCUGCCGCCCGCGCCCCCGUGCGGUCGGUUAUCGUCUUCACCUCGUCAUGCCAGUCAUGCCAGGCCGUGAGUGCAUUACUGGACGAAGUGGGUCUCUCCAACGCGCCUCUCCACGCCCUGCUGCCCCAGCGCAAGCGCUCAGCCGCUCUGCACCGCUUCAAAGCGUCCCAGGUGCCCAUCCUGGUGGCCACAGACGUCGCCAGCAGAGGGCUGGACAUCCCCACAGUCGAUUUGGUCAUAAACUACGACAUCCCCAGGUUCACGCGGGACUAUGUGCACAGGGUGGGACGAACAGCCCGAGCAGGGAGGGGCGGACGAGCCAUCAGCCUGGUAACUCAGUACGACGUGCAUCUGGUGCACAGCAUUGAGAAGCUCAUUGGUCGACAGCUGGCGGAGUGCACUGAUGUGACUGAAGGCGAUGUGCUUAAAUGCAUCAGCAAGGUGUUCAAGGCGAGGAGAGCAGCACUACUGAAGGUCUCAGAGAGUGGGUUUGAGGAACGGGCGAAGCAGAGGGCAGAGCAGAAGAGGAAGAUUCGGGAGGAGCGAAGAGAACGAGAGGGGGGUGAGAAAGGGAAGAAAGGCAAGUGA